AUGAAAGUCUUCCCUGCAACUAUUGCCAUAACUCUCUGUGCUCUCGUGGGCCUUGCUCAGGUCAACGCGGCUGCCAUCCCGUACCGGCGAAGCCUUCGGGUUCUCAGUUCUCGUGGAGAUAAUUCGGAUAGUGUGUCCUCCCAGUCCAAUGGCACAUCUUCCAGCACAUUCAAUUUACCUUCUGACGGACUGAAGACCAAAAAUGGGGUACCGUUUGGAUUCCUUCCCGAUGUUUCUGCUCAAACUACCAUGGCAGAAAUCAACAAAGCAGUCGGGAUGAGCCCCGCCAGCACAUACGGCUGGUAUGCUCAGAUCACAGGGUCAAGCUGGGAUGGUUCGCAAUUGCUCAGCCAGAAGCAAGAUAUCAUCGAUUCCAAAGCUGUUCUGAUUCCUGCAGUCAUGCCUACUGUGGACAUGAGUGCGAUUGAUUCUAAUGUCGCUUCACAAGUGGCGAGCGUUCUCAAGCAGUUCACGAACGAGGGCGUAGAAGUAUGGCUUCGUUUUGCUCACGAAGUCAACUAUUACAUCACUUCUGGGACUUACCAUGGCGAUGUUGACUCGUACCAAACUGCCUGGGCCAACAUCGCUGCCGCCGUCAAAGACAAUCCCAAGAUAAAGAUGUUCUGGUGUCCAAACUGGGCCGACGCUUCUUCGCUUGCGGAAUGGUUCCCGAAAGACUCAAGCACUGUUGACAUUGUCGGCAUGGAUGCGUAUCCCAAAUCUCAGCAGACCUUCGAUCAAGUUUAUGGUUCGUUCUACACCGCGUUCGCCGAGAAAUACAACAAGCCAUUUGCCAUUGGUGAGACUGGGCCUGGGAUAGGCGACGAUACAUUGAAAGAAUACUGGUUGAAGCAAAUCGCGGAGGUCGAUGUCCAGAAAUACCCUCUAUAUAUCGCGGGUUGCUGGUUCGAGUACUACAAGGGGUAUGACUUUAGGAUCAUCAUGAGUCAGUCUUCGAGUAUCGUAACCGAGACCAAGACCGAGUUUCUGUCUUGA